AUGGAUCUCAGUCCCGAGGGGAGGAAGGGCAGAGGCGAGAGAGACAGAAGCGGAGCCCGGAAAAGACCCCCAUUUCUCGAACCACGCGGAAGGCGGCAAGGACCCCAGCGCGGAGCGAGCGCGAACUUCGGAACCCCGGCCGCAGGGGCGGCGGCGAGUCUCCGGUGGUCGCCCCGCGCCCACCAGCCGCACUCACCUGCAGCGCCCAGCUCCGCGCCCGCACUGCGCCCGGCGCCGCUCGCCGCGCACCCGCCUGUUGCUAGGACGCCAGUGAAACGCCCGGCGCCCGCGCAGAGCGUCGCCGCCCCGCGGAAGAAAGCUCUGAGCCCGCCCUCCGCGCCGCAGCUGCCUGCCGUGCGAUCGCGUCCGGAGCCCGCCCAGACCACAGCCGCGUGCUCCCGGCGGCCCCGCGCGCCCGCCGCCCCGCCGCCGGCCCUGGUGGCGCCCGGCUUCGCGGGGUUUCGCUAACGCCUGCAGCCGCCGCGUCCCCUCCCUGGGAAUAGUGUUAUUCGACCUCCUUCUGCCAGGAGGACUCUCCCUGAAUCACUCCACCAGCACUUUGAAUAAAUAAUGUCACUCCCUUCAGGCCUACAGACUUCCUGUUGAAAAUCAGCUGAUUGCUGAUAGCAAUAUAUUGUACAAUCUCAACCGACCUUCCAGUUUGCUGAUUCCUUCUGUCAGCUGAAGUCUGC